GAUAAAGAAAAAUAUAAACUAUUCUGGAAUGGUAAAAAGACGGCCAAAAAUGGUGUUGGAAUUUUUGUCAGGAAACCGCUAGCCCAAGAAGUACUGGAUAUUAAAAGGAUUAAUUCACGUCUCAUGUGGAUCAAGCUUCGCCUAGAAAAGCAAACAAUGAUUACUUUUUCUGCAUACGCACCACAGUCAGGCGAAUCAGAAGAAAUGAAAAAUGACUUCUGGGCUGCGUUCUCUGACAUCAUUUCAACAAAACCAAAAUCUGAAACAAUCCUGAUUGGAGGCGAUCUCAAUGGCCACGUU